AUGGAUCUCAAUCAAACAAUUGAGGACGACCAGAAUGUCGUCGACUGCGUCGUCUGUGGCGACCCCGCCGACGAGAUACCGCCCUGUUCCCACGGCUACUGCUGGGACUGCCUCAUCCAACUCAUACGCCACGGCUGCCGGGACGGCGAGCGCUGGCCCCCGCGGUGCUGCAUCUGGGAGGUGAAUGUGGACAGCCCCGAGAUCCGAGAGAACCUCCCCGCAGACGUACUCCAGCUAGUCGCAGAGAGCAAGACGUACUAUUCCACCAAGGGCAAGCUCUUCUGCUGCAACAGCCAGUGCCGCGAAUACAUUCCCCCGGGCGAAGUGGACGAGUUCACGCACAUAGGCUUCUGCAGGACCUGCUGGGGCGGCACCUGCGCCGUCUGCCGGCGACACCCACACAUUGGAAAUUGCAGGAAGGACUUCCAGCAGAAGUCGAUGGAGAAAUACCUGAUCUACAUGGGCUGGAAGAGAUGCGAGCAGUGUGGGAGAAUCGUCGAGAGAGCCGCGGGCUGCAACCACAUAGUGUGCACCUGCGGAGAAGGGUUCUGCUACGUCUGCGGCGAGCACUGGCGCCACUGCGACUGCCCCCAGUUCGGCAGCUACAUACUCACAGACGAGUUAGAAGACGCGACGAACGCGUGGUUCCAGGUCCCACAGGUGCCGCGCUGCUACGGCAAGGAGUUUCUAUCCAACACCUGUCUCCCCCAGACUUUCUUCUGCGCCAAGUGCGGACACCGGUGCGGCAAGUCUGAGGAGUCCUCGUACCAGUGCCAGGACUGCGGGAGGCACCUGUGCAGGAGCUGCGUGACCCAGUGCGUCGACGACGGCCGGUACCACAACCCAGACUGGAACGCGAAGCCGGCGAAGGGGGCUGAGGUCUUCACCAUCGAGGGGAGCGCGGAGGCGCCUAGUACCCGGGUGUCUAUGGCACUGCCCCAACUGGGAAGGGAUUGA